CGCCUGCACAGUCAGUGUCAGCGAGAGUGAAUUGACCUAGAGGGGUCAACUCAGUCAGUUCAUCCACAAAUGGGCCAUUGUAACAACUAGCUCCUCUUCCACUUCAAGCCAUCCGCACCUUUCAGCCGCAUCCGGUGCCAACAACAACAUCCUUAUCUUCAAGGUUACCAUUUUCCAUCUUUUGAGCGGUUUUUCCACCUAAGGUCGGAGAAAAUGGCAGCAAUUCCAUCAGGUGGCUCCCUCAUCGCCACCCACGAUUACUACAGAAGGCGCCUCGGGUCCGCCUCCAGCAGCAGCUCCUGUGGCAGCGCCGAGUACAUAGGAGAGGUCAUUCCACACCACCCAGGACUUCCAAGGCAAGAUUCUGGCCACUGGUGGACAUCAUUUUUCUUCGGGAAACAGAACCAGCCCGGCAUGCAGAGCGGAUCCGAAAAUCAAAAAAGCGGAACCUACACAGUGACCAACGGUCAGGUGACCUGCAUCGCCAGGGAAAUGGUUUUGAAAAGACAAGUCAGCGAGAGCAGUGAAAGUGGAAAGCCUGAAGCUACAACCGCUCCACCAGCCUCCUCCUAGACUCCCUUCCCUGCCAGCCUGGAUCUCCCCGUCCCUCCUCGCACCUCCCUCGCCAUCAUCUUGCCAUCCGUCACGAAGAGAUGGAGAUGAUGGUGGUGAUGGAUGGUGGCGUUUGUCACCUCUAGUCUGUAGAGUUUGCUUUUCGUAUUUGCCUGUGUAUAGCAUCUUUUUAUUAUGACCAAAUGUUUAAAAAAACAAACAAAAACAAGUAUGUAAAAAGUUUUUUCAUUGUGUUCUCCUCAUCACUUGACACUGUUAAUAAAUAAAAAGCUCGCAGUCAGUA